AUUGAAUGUGAGAGCUACCUGUUUACGUGACAGUAAUUGUUCUAGACUAAUACCAUGGGUUGACAUGUAGACAUAGGUAACAUAGUGUAUAGUCUAGGUUUAUUGUCUAGAUGCAGCCAUGAUACUUUGCUGUUACUAUUAAUAAUUAAUCAUGCAUCACUAUUUUAAUAGGAAGCAGACACGGAGGAUGGAGAGCAGUGUGAAGUGGAACACGAAGCAGCGAUGCCUUUGGUUAACUUUCGUAAGCCGUCCUACCUACAGAAGAGGUUAGUUACGGAGAACUCCAAACACAUCGCCAUGAUGGGAAGAUCGAUUCUGAUGUCGUCCAUCUUCCUCCUAAACACGCUAGUUCUCGUAACGCUCGUUCGAGGACGCCACGCGGAAUUCAGCGACAUAAAGUACUGGUUUCUCAGGUCGCACGUGCUCUCCGACAUCUUCGUCUCGCUCAUCUACUCAGCCUUCGUGAUUGUCAGGUACGGCCAGAUGAACAUCGACACGAGUUAUUCGUGCCUGCUCAUGUACUCGUUGCUCAUUUCCUCCAACCAGGUGUCAGCCAUGAGCCUGCUGUUUGUCAGUGUCGACCAGUACAUCGCUAUCGUGCAUCCGCUCCGUUACAACAGCCUCGUGAGCGAGCUCUCGGCUAAGGUCGCUGUCUCAUUCUCCUGGCUGUUUUCCGCGAUCGUCGGCUUCUUGCCGUUGAUCAUCCAGUGGGAUCAGCGAGUCGAUCACUUUACCGAAUGCUCGGUGACUGUGUUUCCUCUCGCAUAUGUAAUGUUUUGGGGCAUCGUGCAGCUGUACGUGCCGUGCGUGCUGAUGGUCACCAUGUAUGCGCAGGUGCUGGUCGUUGCCCACCGCCACAUUCGUCAGAACCAGAUGGAAGUGCAGCCACAGAAUGUCGACGUUCAUCCUGGAUCGAUGCCGUUGUCGAUUCUAAAGGCAGAGGUGAAGGUCGCCGUCACCGUUGUGAUCAUGCUCGUGGUACUAAUGGUCUGCUGGUUGCCGUUCAAUAUUGUCCUCACGCUAAAUGUCCACGGCGGCAGGCUGUUGCACUCGAUGGACUUUGUCGGUUCGCUAGCUGUCACCAAUAGUCUCUUCAACCCCAUACUGUAUCUGAUUCGUUUUGCCAAGCUGCGCAAAUCUUGCAUUGGCAUGAUUAGAUUCAAGUGUUGCAACAAAGUCCAAUUAGCAGUUGUUCCGAUUAAUCUGGAUGUAAUGUAGAUAGUAGUGUAAACUAGAGUAGGCAGGCUCCACGUGCAAAGUCUUGGAGAAGGUAGAGUAAUGUGUCAUGUAAUAAAGGCUGUGUAGUGUAAAGAAAAUACCAUAUUGUAUCGUAUAUAAUUCAUAAUUGUUUAUAAAAUGGAUUGGAUAUUUUAUGCAUCAUGAUUGGUCAAAACGCGUCACGUGACACGCCGUUGUUAUUGUUAUAAUGCACGCCAAACCGUGCAAAAAAGCGCGCAAAAAAGUUAUAUUGCACGCUCGCGAUUAUUUACAUUAAUUAAGCAUCAAACUGAAAUUUUCGAGAUGUAGAUUUACUAUUGAUUUU